CGUCGUUUAAAAGCCCCGCCUACUUGUUGGUGAGUUCCGGUCUCGGCUCGGUUAGCGUGCAUGCUAACUUUAUAAAUGUGAAUGUCCCACGUUUGAUGCAACUUUUCCUAAUCUGGGUAAUUUGUGACGAGCAUCCAACGGUCGGUGGCGCCCGGUGGGAGGAGGCAAGAGAGUCCACAGCUGCAGGAGGAACGACGCAAACUCUCCGCUCAUGUCUACGGCAAUUUGCUAGAAACACUGAAGACACAACUUUGCUUCCACGAUGAGGGAAAUCGUGCACAUCCAAGUCGGCCAGUGUGGAAACCAGAUGGGUACUAAGUUCUGGGAAGUGAUCACCGACGAACACGGCAUCGAUCCAUCAGGGGCUUACCAUGGCGAUGAUGAGCUGCAGCUGCGCAGGAUCAACGUCUACUUCAACGAGGCAACAGGGGGCAAAUAUGUUCCCCGUGCCAUUCUUGUGGACUUGGAACCUAGCACCAUGGACUGCGUAAGGUCUGGACCCUUGGGUCAAAUUUUCAGACCUGACAAUUUUGUGUUUGGUAAGGGUGGCGCUGCUAACAACUGGGCCAAAGGUCACUACACUGAUGGUGCUGACAUGGUUGAAUCUGUUGUGGAGGUGGUACGUAAAGAGUCAGAAAGUUGUGACUGUCUGCAGGGCUUCCAACUCACACACUCGCUUGGCGGUGGGACCGGCUCUGGUAUGGGAACCCUACUUAUCUACAAGAUUCGUGACGAGUUCCCUGAUCGUAUCAUAAAUAGCUUCAGUGUGAUGCCCUCGCCCAAGGUGUCAGAUACGGUCGUAGAACCUUACAACUCCACUCUGUCAGUCCAUCAGCUUAUCGAAAACACAGAUCAAACGUACUGCAUCGACAACGAAGCUCUGUACCACAUCUGCUUCCGCACUCUCAAGCUGAGCACACCCACCUACGGAGACCUGAACCACCUCGUGUCGUUCACCAUGAGCGGGGUCACCACCUGCCUGCGCUUCCCCGGCCAGCUCAACGCCGACCUCCGCAAACUGGCGGUCAACAUGGUGCCUUUCCCCCGCUUGCAUUUUUUCAUGCCGGGCUUCGCCCCCCUGACCAGCAGGGGCAGCCAGCAGUAUCGAGCCCUCUCGGUCCGCGACAUCACCAAGCAAGUGUUCGACGCCAGAAACAUGAUGGUCGCGUGCGACCCCAGCCAAGGACGCUAUCUGGCGGUCGCCACAGUGUUCCGUGGCCGCUUAUCCAUGAAGGAGGUCGAUGAGCAAAUGCUCACGAUCCAAGACAAGAACAGCAGUUACUUUGUGGAGUGGAUCCCCAACAACAUCAGCACCGCCGUGUGUGACAUCCCGCCCCGCGGACUCAAGAUGUCCGUCACUUUCAUCGGCAACAGUACGGCCAUACAGGAGCUGUUCAAGCGCAUCUCCGAGCAGUUCACGGCCAUGUUCCGCCGCAAGGCCUUCGUGCAUUGGUACACAGAGCAGGGGAUGGAUGAGAUGGAAUUUACCGAAGCCGACAACAACAUUAACGAUUUAGUGUCCGAGUACCAGCAGUACCAGGAUGCCAAAGUGGACGAUGAGGGUGAAUUUGAGGAAGAGGUUGAAGAGGGUGCUUGAAGACAACAAUGUAUCGGCUCAGUUAUUUUAUAUUCUAAUUUUAUAAAUAGGUAGACAAGCGACCUCUGUUAUAGCCAAACCAAGCCAGAUGGCGCCAGAUUCUGCCCUCCUUGCUUAGCGGCGUAUACAAUACUGAACAGAAUAAGAGAAUGCUGAACAUGAAGAAGACAAAGCUAUUUGCAAACUUUUAUUCCUAGAAAUAAAUAUUUAAA